AUGAAGGCAGUGACGGAGGCGGCAACAGGAAGAGUAUACCGCCGCGUGCACGAUAAGUUACCACCACCGGCCGAAGAUGAGAAACGAUGCAUGUUUCUUCUUGAUCCUCUUAAAGAUGCAGAGGCAGAACGUGAUGAUUACAUGUUGGAAUUACUCCCUGGUCGUAUAGAGAGAGUGGAUACCGUAAACCGACACUUCAUUUCAGGGAGUGUAACCGCACAUGAGGUCCCUGGGCAUAAUUACACUUAUUACACUGUAAAGCUUGGACCCGUUGUAGCCGCCACCCGCUACGCCCCACUGCCUGGUGUAAUGCCUGUGGAGAAAUUUGUAUCGCUUAAGAGUCCACAGUUAAUUCAUUACAAUAGUGGAGUGCCGGUUGUGGUCUAUUUGCCAAAAGAUGCACAAUUGCGGUAUCGCCUAUGGAAAGGGGGCGAAACCUCCGCCGCAAUGGAACAAUAA